ACACCCAGACGCACACACCCACCUCGGGCGGCUCCCGCCCGCUGCGCCCGCGCCCGGAGCCGCUCCCAGGGCGCCGCCCCCUUCCAGCCCUCCGCGCUCACCUUUGCGCUCGCUCCGCGGCCGGCUUUCGGCGCCCCUGGGGUCGCGUCCCUCGGUGACAGUCCGCUCCUCGGCCCGUUCCCUGUCCCCACGCUUCCUCACGCAGACCGAAGCUGCUCGGGUUCCAGAGUGGCCGACCCCAUGCCGUUCCCGGUUCUCCCUCUUACAGCUCUCACCCGCCAGUGCCGACGGUAGACAGAGACUUUACUCCAAGGGCUUCCUCCUCACUGGGGAAUUGCCGGAAAGAGCAAACAAAAAAGGCGCUGGUGUAGGCUCCAAAAUAAACACAUCUGCAUUCAUGAUGGCAUCGACAGAGGCUCUUAUUGGAUUAAAAGUUUCAAAACAAACAAUAACGCUUUGGAAAAAGCAGGGUUGAAUGUGUGCCUGCUCCUUCAGGCAUGACCAUGGAGAAAGGAGGGAACAUACAAUUGGAGAUUCCUGACUUCAGCAACUCUGUCCUGAGCCAUCUAAACCAGCUGCGCAUGCAGGGCCGUCUCUGUGAUAUUGUGGUCAAUGUGCAAGGACAAGCUUUCCGGGCUCACAAAGUGGUACUGGCUGCCAGCUCCCCCUAUUUCCGGGAUCACAUGUCCUUGAAUGAAAUGAGUACUGUCUCCAUUUCAGUCAUCAAGAACCCUACUGUGUUUGAACAGCUCCUUUCUUUCUGUUACACAGGGCGGAUAUGCCUGCAACUGGCAGAUAUCAUCAGCUACCUAACAGCUGCCAGUUUUCUGCAGAUGCAGCAUAUUAUAGACAAAUGCACACAGAUCCUGGAGGGCAUUCAUUUCAAAAUUAAUGUGGCUGAGGUUGAAGCAGAAUUAAGUCAAACAAGGACCAAGCAUCAGGAGAGACCUCCAGAGUCUCACAGGGUCACACCAAAUCUAAGCCGCUCCCUUAGCCCACGACAUAAUACCCCAAAGGGAACCCGGCGAGGACAGGUCAGUGCUGUGCUGGAUAUCAGAGAGCUAAGUCCCCCUGAGGAAUCCACCAGCCCUCAGAUCAUUGAACAGAGUUCCGAUGUAGAGAGCCGGGAGCCCAUUCUCCGGAUCAACCGAGCAGGACAGUGGUAUGUGGAGACAGGAGUAGCGGAUAGGGGGGGCCGCAGUGAUGAUGAAGUCAGGGUCCUGGGAGCAGUGCACAUCAAAACGGAAAACCUGGAGGAGUGGCUCGGGCCUGAGAAUCAGCCUUCUGGAGAAGAUGGGAGUAGUGCAGAGGAAGUCACAGCCAUGGUCAUUGACACCACAGGCCAUGGUGCUGUAGGACAGGAGAGUUACACUUUAGCGUCUUCAGGAGCCAAGGUGGCUCGGCCAACAAGCAGUGAAGUCGACAGAUUUAGUCCCUCUGGCAGUGUGGUUCCCCUGACAGAGAGACACAGAGCAAGAAGUGAGUCUCCUGGGAGAAUGGAUGAGCCCAAGCAACCCAGCUCACAGGCAGAAGAGUCAGCAAUGAUGGGGGUAAGUGGCUAUGUGGAGUAUCUCCGAGAGCAAGAAGUGUCGGAGCGGUGGUUCCGGUACAACCCACGGCUCACCUGCAUCUACUGCGCCAAAUCUUUCAACCAGAAGGGCAGCCUGGACCGCCACAUGCGCCUGCACAUGGGGAUCACACCAUUCGUUUGCCGCAUGUGUGGCAAGAAGUACACCCGGAAGGAUCAGCUGGAGUAUCAUAUCCGUAAGCACACAGGCAACAAGCCCUUUCACUGUCAUGUUUGUGGCAAAAGUUUCCCCUUCCAGGCCAUCUUAAAUCAGCACUUUCGCAAAAACCACCCUGGCUGUAUACCGCUGGAGGGGCCUCACAGCAUCUCACCCGAAACAACUGUCACAUCUCGGGGACAAGUUGAGGAAGAGUCACCUUCGCAGGAAGAGACAGUUGCUCCUGGUGAAACUGCGCAGGGCUCUGUGUCCACUACUGGGCCAGACUGAAAUAUUGAGGGGGAGGGGGCGGACCCUCUUCCCCUUUGGGCCAUAAGCAGCCCACGUGAGGGCCAUGGGCUGGUACUUAGAUUCACAAAAUGCCACAUCGCUAGGUCAGAUGUUCCCAAGAUGUUGCCAAACUAGAGGGUCAACAACAUACAUAAAAGCACUAAAGGCUCGUCCCCUCCUCCUUCCACCUCACUUGGAAAAAUAAUUAAGCAAAUCAACUUUCUAAUUCAGGGAUCAACAGCCUUGGUUUGUUAACUUUAUAAGAAAAAAAUUUUUUAGUGAAACUAUGAUAAAUCGUCAUUUCUCUGCCAGUCACGUUUGAACACUGUACUUAGAUCCAUAUCAUCUUGGUGGCUGUCAUUGCCCAGUAUCUAAAAAAUGCAACAGGAGCCUCAGCCAUCGGAAGCAGCCAACCACAAGAGAGGUAGUCGUGAGGAGGAGGCAUCCUUCCCUGCCGGAAUGCGUGCAUCUUCACGUUGAAAGGAGAAAACGAACGAAUACUGGUGGUUCUUCCUGUUCUGGAAGGUUAGACUUUCCUUUGCCCUUACUAGACAGCCAGUACUUAGCCUGAUUGUGUCGCGUCAUCAGCCGUCUUGGAGCAGUGUUCUAGUGGGCAGCAUCACCUGAAGCACUUUAGGCACCUGGAAGUGAACCGAGCAGCGAAGUGUAGUGGGCACUUCUGCGUUUGGGGGCCGGAACGUUGUAUGGAGGAAGGAGGAGCAGGGAAGGAAGUGUUGGUGUGUUUUGCAGAUGUUGAACAACGCAGAGCCGUACUGCAGCUUCCUGACUGAUACCUGUAAACCGUAGUGUUUUUCCAUUCUUGGUGUUAAGGGAAUGGCUCAAGUUCAGAUGAAUUAACCCGUUAGGCUGACUACCAAAGUUUCAUCCAGUCUGUCUGGCUCCUACUGUCACACAGCAGCAAUAUUCUACAUCACAAAUGUCACUUUCCAGUGAAAUGAGCCUGGAUUGUAUUUUUAAAUCCACAGGUGUCCAUAUUUGAUAACUUUUAUAUGAAGUUUUAAACACAGUUUUUCUGCAAUAUUGUGGUUGAAGAAACUCAACACUAUUGUUCUUACUGCGACCACAAUUUCAUUUCCUUCUACAUAUGUAGUACUUUAUAUUUUCAGUCCAAUGAAGAACCUCACUUUAAUCUGUCUCGGGUCUGCAAACCUAGUUAUUCAUAAACCAACCAUCAGCACCUUGCUGAUGACUCCAAGAGCUUUGAUUUUUUAAUACACUACAGGGCACUUACCAGAAAACAUCAUGCACAAUCGUGUUGCAAUAAAUGAUCAAAGGAUCAGUUUUGAUCAGGUCUGGUAACUUCAUCAUUCCUAAGAUUUUUAAAAUUUCAAAGGGACCUUUUUAGUAAUUCUGGGUUUUUCUGAGAUUCUUAAUCCAGCAUUGAAUGAACUUACCAAGCACGUAGAGCUUUAGAUGCCCUGUCUUGCAUGCAGAGAAAAAGGAAGAAUACUAAGGGAUGCAGGCAGAUAGAUACUUACAGUUUAGAGUGCAAAUAGAAAAAGAGGAAAAAAAAACUCUAGUUUCUCUUGAUUUUUAAAAAAUAUAUCUAUGUAAUGGAUUAAGAAAUUGUUCUGGUGCAGAGACAUAGAUGAUUGUAACAGAGAUUUGGGAGAGGGCCUGGUCAAACCUGUACUGGAGAGCCAUUUGUGAGAAUGUUAGUUGUGUGCUCCUUUUCUGAGAAUGUUUUGUGGUAUGUGGAAGGUAGGUAAAAAAGAAUGACUUUUAGUGAUGAGAAAUUAGAAUGCAAAGGGUAGCUUUAAGCAAUCUGAGAAUUGCACAUACACAUACAGCUGCACUCUAUCGCUAGAGAAAGGUUUUCUCUUCUGGAAAGGCAUAGAAAAUCAUCUUUUGGAGGAGUGUCAUGAUGCUACCAUUUGAUAAGAGCCUAACCUUAAAGGCAGCAUUGAAACUAUGUUUUAGGAGACAUAGACUGAGGCACCCUUUGUAGUUGGAUAACAGUAUGAUAGGGUGAAAACUGUCUCCUAGAGCCAUCUUAGGGGAAUUGGUUAUGCCCUGUGGAAAAAUAGAGUUGAAAUUUGACUGGAAUCCUUAGGGGUACGUUUCAGCUGAUGGUCAAGGCUUUCCAUGGACAGAUUUCGCCAUUGUUAAAUAGGCAGGGAUCUGGGAAGUACAGAAGAUGCUGCUUUAAGUGGAGCUUUUAAGCCUACCAAAAAAAAAUUCAGUCCAUCCUACUUUUGAGAAAUAGUAUGCUGAAAAGUUCUUUAUUGCUUGCUUUCUUUUUUAGAUUACAUGUAGGAAAAAUAGAGCUUUUUAAACUGUUACCAAAUUGGAAAGGUAAAGUACGGUGAUUUCUGGAAAGAGAAAACAUUUUGCAGCAUUUGUUAGCACUCCUUUCAGAGUUGCAACAAAUGUCUUAAAAGAAGUAGGGACUGUCUAACUCAUGUGGAAAUAAUAUGCGUGUUCGGUAGGUUCCCCCUCCCUUUCAUUCGCUUCUAUGUAAGUUUUUACUGUAACGAUACUGUGAAUAGAGUGCUUCCUGGUUGUCUAGAACCACAUCAGCACAGCCGUGUUCGCUGGUUCUCUCUUAACUGGCCUAGCUAGAGCCAUGAAAUUCAUGAAAGUGUAAGCCAGGCUAGCUAUUAAACAAGUUAAAACUUCUGAAAGCAAUUCCCCUGUUUUAGUUAGAAGAGAUAGUAUUCUAAAUAUCCAGGAUUCUUAGCCAUGUUCACUGUGACAUUGUCCUAGUUCUUAGCUAACAUCACUGUAGGGUUGUAGGAGUUAGUGCUGUUCUGUGUACAUUAGUGAAUACCUAUAAUCGUGUGUGCAUGGAAGAUACCUCUUAAGGAUAUACUUAAAUGGACUUUAGCUGAUGCUGAAAACUCAUUACCAAAUCUUAACUUGCACAUGUCACCUUGUGAAGAGAACUCAUUAGCAUUGAGAGCUAAAUCAUCAAGAAAAUUAAUGCCAUGAAAUUGUAACCACUGGGAUGAUUUUCAUUUAUUGAGUGGCACUUGAUAGCAAAGACCUACCUAUCCAGUAUUCUAAGCCAAAAGUAUACUGUUUUCAUUUUAAGAUGUACCUUUUAUUCUCUGUAAACUCAAAUACCAAAGCUG